AUGACUACUUCAUGAGAAAUAAACCGAAUUCUUGCACCAGACCAACAGACAAUCUUCGUUUAUCCCGAAUGGUAAUUACAUUACAUUUAAAACUAAAAGUGUCAAGAUGUUUAAUGUGCACUUUUAAGGAUUAUUUAUUUUUCAAAAUUGAUGAUGCUUUGGUUGAAAUAAGUUUAUAGCACAGAAAACAGGAUGGCAUUAUCAUUCAUUUAAAAGUUUGCUGUGUUAACAUUACUGAAAUUCUAAUUUUGAAAAUAAAUAUUUUAAAUAUUCUUUUAUACAUGUUUCUGUUAUAGCCUACUUGUUUUUAAUUUUCUUAGAAAAAUGGAUUGUAUAGAAAUAGAAUAAAUAUUUUAAAAGGAGCACAUCAAUCUUGAAAUUCUACUGGCUAAUUUGGCGAGGUGCGGCCAGACCAGGUUUGCAAUUAGAAAAAAUGUCAAACCCCUUAUGGUGUAAUCACACUAGAAGAACAAAGUAUGUGGAAACAUGAAAUAGAAAAACAGGACAAUAAAAGAAGAUUGUUUCAGCAAGGAGGCUGUCCUGUCUUUCUAUUUUAAGCUUCCUCAUACCGUGUUUUUCUAUUUCUUUUUCACAGCUUGAACGCCGUCCUUUAUUUAUAAAGUGUAAUCACAUAUGAUUUGAUGCUGUGAAUAUCCGUUUAUAAUGCUUUUUAUAUUAUGUUUAAACAUUUUUAGUUAAAAGAAUAAAUAUUUUUUUAAGCUAUCGAAAAAUGUCCCUCUCCAAUCUUUGAACUAGUUCUGCACUAUGGCCUUAAGAUAUCUUAUGUCUUAAGAUUUCCAAGAUUUGUUUAACAUAUUAGUGUUUAUAGGUUAAAACCUUUUUUCCCAAAACAUAUUUUUCAUUUUUAAAAUGUUCCCUUUUUUAACAUGUUUUGCUAAGCUUACAUAAUUAAAUCUAAACUAACCAACUCUUAACAGGGAGACGAAUACCUUAUAAAGGAACUUGUAAACAGAAAAUUCACAAAGGAACUGGUUGAGCAAGUAAAUAAUGGGGCUCUGGAUUACUUGCUGCCUUUUCUACACAUCAACACAGAAACAAAAGCAAUUGUAAGUCAAUCUUAAGUAUUUUAUAGAACAUACAAAUAUACAAAGAAUGGCAGCUAGUGGUUUGGUGAAGCUUAUAAUAAAAUAUAUAAAUACUUAUUCUAUAAGGGAAGACCUACUGGAUUUCUUGGAGCUAAUCUAUCGAUCUCUCUGAAGCUGAAGUGUCCUGUUAGCAUUAAUGUCACGAAUCCCCAAUAUCGGAAGUUCUUUACUUAUCCAAGAGAUUGUGGAUCUUUUAUAUCUAUUGUUGAACUUCUUUGUUACUUUUUGUAUUUGUAGUUGAUCAAUAUCUUUAUUAUUUCGCCAUCUUUAUUUCUUAUUUCAAAUAUAUUUAGCUAAUAGUUUGUUCAUAGUAUUAAUAAAUUAUUCAAUUGUUUGUGUUCAGGAGAUUCAAUUGCCCUAUGCCAAAAUAUUCUGUCUGCUGGAUUUGGUUUCACAAAAGCUAAAUUGUAAAAUACAGAGCCUGAUUCACAAGCUAGCUUUGAUGGUUGAUAGAAUUCAUAAGUUAGGGUUUGUUCUGGGAGAUAUCAGAGCAUCCUUAAUCUUUGUGAACAGUGAGUCUGUGGAUAAAAUGAAGGUAAUUAUUGUCUGCAUUAUUUUUAAAAAUUAAUUGAAUAAGCAGGUUUAUAGCUAAUCAAUAGUGAUAAGUUAUCUACACUAUGGCCCUAAGAUAUGUUAACUACAUUAUGGCCUUAAUAUAUGUUUGCUACACAAUAGCCUUAAUAUAAGUUUACUUCACUGUCCCUAUGGCCUAUAGUGUAUAUGUUAACUACACUAUGGUCUUAAGAUAUGUUAAAAACACUAUGGUCUUAAGAUAUAAUUAUUAAACUAUUGAAGAUAUGUUAACAAAACUAUGAUCUUAAGAUAUGUUAACAAAACUAUGACCUUGCGAUAUGUUAACUAAAUUACAGCCUUAAGAUAUGCUAACUUGAUUAUGACACUAUGACCUUAAGAUAUCUUAACUACACUAUGAACUUAAGAUAUGUAAACUACACUAUGGCCUUAAGAUAUGUUAGCUAUAAUAUGGCCUUAAACCAAUGACAUAAAAAAUAGUGCUCAUGUUUAACUGUGUGCUUUAAGCGAAGAGUUUCUUAAAAUUUUUGUUAAAAGUCUUUUCCUUAGUUUAAUUUUUUCAUUUGUACUCCUUUUACCACGAAUUAUGAAUCUGUUUCUUCACUUUAGUUAAAAAUACUACUGUUUUUUUUUUCACGGAGAUGGAGAGAGACAGACAGAGUGAGAAACACAGAGAGAGAAACAGGGAGGAAGAGAGAGAGAGAGACAGAUAAAGAGAGAGCAAGAGAUAGAUAGAGACAUAGAAACAAAGAGAGAGAUAGAGAGAGACAGUCAGAGAGAGAGAGAGAGAGAGCGAGAGAGAGAGAGGGUGUGAGAUGAAGACGGAGAAAGAUGGAGAGGGAGUGAGAGAGAAAAUGAAGAAAGAAAAGAGACAAUUCAUGAAUUAUUUAUUUUUGGUCAGAUUUUUGUACUAAUUAUAAUGCUUUUAAUUUACUUUAUCUUUCAGUUUCACCCCGUGUCUUUGGCUUACAUAAAUUAUGUGAUGGAUAAAAGGAGACCAGUUGAAUUUAGUAAACCAACAGACCCCGUGACACUUGCACGGUAAGUAAUUUAAACAACGCCACUUUUGACAAUCUAUGUUAACUGUUACAACCGGCAGCCUACUUAUGUUUAUUUGGAUCGUUCUAGGCACUCUUGGUUUUAGACUGCACUAAAUAUUUGUUUAUAAUUGAUUUACAAUGUUUUAGUCAUGCAAAUUUGUAUAAUUUUCAAAUGAUUUCAGAGCAGUUCAAUUAAUUUUCACAUAUGUUGGAUUUUUAAUUAAGAUUUAAAUAAAAUUAUAUCUAAUUUUAAAAAAAAAAUAUGAAUAGCAAAUUAUUAUAUUUAUUUACAAAGACAAUUUAAAAAUAACAAUUAUUUGCUUGUACAGGGCAGCCCCGGAGGUGAUAGAGCAUGGUCACUAUUCGUUUGCAAGUGAUGUGUACAAUUUUGCUGUCAUGAUCCAUGAACUUUAUGAAGCAUCAUUAAAAGUCAAGGACAAGCAUUAUUUGAAUGAUAGGCUUGCAGAUUUGAUAGUAAGUAAAAACAAUAAGGUUGAAGGUUGUACCCUUUGAUCAAGAGUUUUAAAUGUAUGUCUGUAUUCAGCUCAAAUUAUCUUUCAUAUUAAAAUGUAUACAUUAUUCAGAAAAUUAUUGCCAUCUGUAAAUUCAUGAUGCUGAGAGUAAGACGUUCUACCCUCCUAGAUGAAAGUGCAAGGUGUAUAGUAAAGGACUUAAAUUAGAAAAUAUAAUCAAGAAAUUUUUUUAAAAAAAGCAAAAACGACAUCUACAUUAUAUUAAUAUAAAUGGUAGCCAGGUUUUCAGAAUAUCUAUAAUUUAUCACUAAUGAAGACAGAUGUUCAGGAUAUCUAUAGUAUAUCCCUAGGUUACCCAGAUGUUCAGGAUAUUUAAACUGUAUCACAAGCCCAACCAGGUUUUGAUGCACUGGGAAGCAAACAGUCAAAUUAAAAAACACCAACACACCAAAAUCCUUAGUCAACAAAUAAAAAUGAUUUUGAUUUUACGGUUUAUAGGAGCCAGAAUGAUCAAUUCAUUGAUCGUGGGCCGUUAAAAUAAAGAAGAAGAGGAAGAAGAAGUUUAGUUUUUGUUCUUGAAACACAAAAGAAAAUUUGAUAAAUAUUUAAACCAGUUUUGAAAAUAACAUGUGCUGCAACAUAAUCAAGAAUGGGAGAAGAAAUUGGGGGAGGGGGAAAUCUUAGAUCAAUUCAAAAUUCAGGAAAGCAUUUUGGGGCAUAAAUGAAUUUAAUUAUUUAUAAUUCUAUACUUAAUCUGAGAGUAAUUAAAAAUCUCUGACGGUAAGUCUGCCAGGUCAGCGGUCCAUAGCAAGUGUCUUCCAUGAAUCAAGUUUACUGUCCAUGGAUUUAAUUGAGACUUUUAGACAGUCUUGGAGGUUUUUUUUAUUUGCCAACCAGCUGACUGCUUCCCACUGGAGAUUUCAUUGAACUACAAUCGUCUGGGAAUUUUUCUGUCUGCCAUUGUUGCGUCAUGCCCUGUCCAUCUGGCUUGUCUUUUUAGUAGGAGCCUGUAGAUGCUGAUAUAAUUGGCCCAAUGCAAGUAGGCAACGUGGGUGGAAAUGGUUAACUGUCUUGCAUGUCUGCUGUUCAAUGGCAACGUCUCACUAACAUAUUAUAAGGGAGAUGUUAAGGGAUGAUAUCCUUAUGUAUAUAACCUUAGCGUUCAAAAUGCAAGAUAUGCUGUGAAAAUUUGGUUAUUGAUAUCAUCAUCUAUUGUUGCUGACCUAUGCCUAUACUCUAUAUGUAAUCACUAACUCUUUCACAAAUCAAUAUAGGCGAAUCUCACAAGAAUAUUCAUAUUCCAAUUUUUAAAACUAAGAUUGUAUAUGACCUAAUAAUGUAGACACUUCUAUCUUUCAAAAUUGUUAAAUUAUUGUCUAAAUUCGAUAUUGUUUCUUUAAGCAGUAACCAUUAAUCUUUGGAGAUAUAUUAUUAUUAAGGUGGUCUUAUAUAGCGUAGUGCACCAGCCUAGGGCUAGACUCUCCGCUAUUCACAUACAAAUUAGCAGUUAAAGAAAAUUAUACAUUUAACAACAGCAAUCUGUAAAAAGCUUGACCUCACCCACCCCAGUACUGUCUAGCUUUGGCCAGCUAUGGACGGCAAUCCGCAGUAUCAAGCGUUGUUUAUUCGUCGGCGGGUAUAGUAUCGUUUUAAGAGAUGUGUCUUGAUGGCAGUUUUGAAGGCCUGGAUUGUCGGAAUAUUGCGGAUGUGUAAUGGAAGAGAAUUCCAUUGCUUGGGGGCACAGAAAGGGAAAUAUUGAUCAACGUAUGUUUCAGGGCGUGUCCUGGAAAUAGUAAGAAUACGCGUGUCUGCGGAGGAACGAAGCUUUCGAAGGGCUGAACAGACAGAAAGAAGUUCAGUAAGAUAGGAAGGGCAUGAACCAGAGACAAAAUAUUGAUUUUCCAUGUAUGUAAAAGUUAAAUACCACUCACUAACUGAUCACAAGAUCUCAAGAACAACAAGUCCUAUGAAGUUAAAAUAUGGCUUGGUUAUCUGUCUUAUUAUAAUAUAUAUGUGCACUGAUAAUUUGUUUUAACAUUCAGAAUUUAAGUUGCCCAAAUGACAUAAUGUCAAAACAUAUAAAAUCUAUGGUUUGUUUCCUGGGCAUGUUCUUGUUUUGUGCUUUGAUGUCACUUUGUAUGUAUAUUGCAAAGAAUUUGAACAUGUACUAUUUUACUCUUGACAAUAAUGUACAUACAACAAGGAUAUUUAUAUUUAAGUUUUGAAACGAUUCACAUACUAUUUAAUAUCACCAAGUGAUGGAUGUAGACACUUAUCUCGGUAUUUAUAUAUAAAUUGUUUUUGAUGGUUAAAUAUAAAUCAAAAGUAUGUGUUGAAAAUUAAUUGCGACCAAGAUAAACAUCGGAUUAGUUUUAGAGCUCUAUCUGUCGGUGGUUGUGGAGGUGGCUGAUCAAGCCGAUUCUUUUGUCCCAGACACAGUACAUAUAUAGCCAAAUACCACUCACCUACUGAUCACGAAAUGAAUUGAUAAACUUUGUAGUUAUAUUUUUGUUGAUGACUUUGUGAACGGUUAGUGCUGUUACGAACUGUUAUCGAUAUGGAGAAAUUAAUCUCUUAUUUAAGUUUGUGGCUCGUUCUACAACAGCACACAACAAAAGAAGAUACCAUAAAGUAAUUACAAUAACAAAACAUUCGAUACUUAAACCAUGGCUAAUUACAAUUAAUCUUUAUAUAUAAUUAGCCAGAAGAGGUCAAACAAGAAGACGGGUCAAACACCACCACGCAGGCUAUCUAUAGAUACGCCAGAGCAAGCAAACAAGAGGCAGGCAAACCCUCCCCUCGCUUGCCAGCCAUGCGCACACCCCCAACAAGCUAGCGGUGCCUGCCAUGCCGUGGGUCACGUAUCAUGAAAAAAAAAGGGGGGGGGGGUGCGAAUUUGGCAUUCUUAAAUGUGGAUAACUUGAGUUCACGUUUUAGUCGAGUAACUAUAGUAGCUGGCAAGUUCACGCAUUGCUGUCGCCAAUGUUUGGCACGCUACAUCUAGUAAGUUUUAUUAUGUUGAUUAUAACUUACAAAAUCAAAAGAAAUAAAUAUAAAGCUAUUGGCUUACAGUAUAAUGAUUGGUUUGUACCAGUAGAGUGUCGAAGAAGAUUCAAUGUAAAAUUGUACAAUGAUGAAAAGGAAUCUACACACAAACAGUAAACAAAUCUAUGUCUCGUAUUGCAAAACAAUAGCACACGGUCAAAAUAACUAUCGUCUCUGAAUCUACCUCCUGUCGCUCAAUCUCUCGGCUUUAUAUAUCCUGUUUAAUAGAUACUUCGUGAAGGACUAAGCAUUGAACUCGUUUCUCAAAGCUUCGACAUAAAUCUACAAAAUUCUAAUAAAAAACAGACCAUAGCUUUUAGUUAGUAGUAACCGAGGUCAAAGGGAGACUAUAAUUAGUAAGCCACACCCUAAUAAUAUCGCGGCCGAACUUGGGGCCAGCUCAAAUUCAUUCACCAGAAAAUAUGAAUGAAAGUAAACGAGACGUGCAUAACAGUACCAUUAGAAAAAAAAAUAUUUUUAAAAAAUUAACCAACAAAUUAAGCAGUUUUGUCUUUUUUAACCAAUCAUCUCAUGAUCUGAGUUUAGUUGAUUUUGAUCGCAAAUACCUCAGAUAACUUUCUUAGGUAGUUUAGCAUUCUGAAUAAAUUCUUCAAAACGUUAAAAACUAAAUCCUCAAUGCUUAAAAAGUCAGUCUAUUAUUUUCAUGAAGUUAGUUCUAGCGUUGGUUCCGAUUCUUGGCUCUCCAGGUGACACUGUGAAACUUUAUUGAUUAAUCUGUUGUUUGAUAGCGCAAUAAAAAAUAUCUCGAUUUUUGUAGCUUCCCUUUGUAUAGAAGCAACUUUAAGGGACGGCGGAAAGACAGCUCCGAUUGUCUUUAAACUUUCUCUUAACUUAAAUCACUCUGAACCUCAUAGUCAGAGACUAAUUUGUCCAAAAUUUCGAAUCAGUUUAAUACAAAUCAGCUGCUUUGGGAGAACAAGAUGAUUGUUUGGGAUGAGAGCAACAUGGCUCACAACAGGUGACUGAAACAUCAAACAGAAAUUUUCAUGUCAACUAGAGAACUAAAUGCCUUAUAAAUUGGAUAAAUAAGCUACUGAACGGUACUUUAGGAUAGAAAAAACUGGUCUUUUCUCUAAGCACCAGCUGAUGGGGUAAAAUCCUAAGUCCCCCCACCUGUGGCCAAAGCUGUCCGAUCCUUCAGGGUAAACAUGAUGGCCCUCAUUGUUCCUUUCCAAAUAGGGCGUGAACAUUUCCAGAACGAUGUGGGCAAGGUCUCUCCAUAAGAUCUCUGUGACACCGAAAUCCAUUGCUUGCUUACUUUUACCUACAUUCUAGGGUGGUGAUGGAUACGGGCAGCUUCAAACUAAAUAUCUGAUCAUUGCUUGACGUACUUGUCAUGACUAUCAACAACUAUUAUAGAACGUUAUUUUCUAAUAGUUCUCAUCCAUCAUAUUGAAUCAUCUUUUGUUCUUAAGAUUUCAUUAAACAAAAGCAUUUAUCUCUUAAAACGCAUUAAACUUUUCGUAUAGAUUAAUCACUCUAUCGUAAAACCUUUAUGAAGUAUGGGUAUUGAGUUAGCAAUAGACUAAACACUAAAAUUAAGACGAGUUCAUAUUUUGUACAGUCAUCAAACAUUCCAAUCAAACCCCACAUCCCUUACACUUACACAAUCCCCAACACUUACACAAAUUCCAAUAUUUACACAGCCCCAAACACAUACAUAAUCCCUCAACAUUUAUCCGCAUCGUAAAAAAAUGGUAACUAUUUUGCUUAAUUCAAAAAAUCGUCAUCUCCAUGUAUUUCACAGGAAGGCAAAAUCAAGAUAAAAGAACUGAAAAAGCCGAGUGCAAUGUCUGGGAAACUGUAUCAUCUCACGAGGAGAUGCUUAGACCCGGCUCCUUCUAAAAGACCUCCAUUGAGGGACCUGCUUGAGUAUGCAAUUUUUAAACAAUAUCAUCUCUUAAACUUUUACUAUCUAAUCGAUAAAUGCCUUUCUUUUAUUUGAUAACCAAAUUCCCUUAACAUAAAAAGAACAUAUGAUAGAGAUAUUUGACAGCUUUAUUGAUAUAAGAUAAAACUGACUGAGAUUUUUGACAAGUGUAAGAUAGGACUGAUGGCAUUUGACAGCUCCAUUGGUAUAAAAUAAGACAGAUAGGGAUGCUUGACAGCUCCAUGUGUGUAAGAAAGAACUGAUAGCACAUUUGACAGCUCCAUGGGUGUAAGCUUUUGUGGAUUGUUUUAAGCAUAUAAAUGGACAGUAACAGCUGUAGCUUGUAUAGACUAUGGUUAUUUUAGAGGUCUGUCGGUUGACAUGAAGUGUUUUGUUCUUAGAGGAAGACUUGUGUAUAUGAUUUUCAUUGUUGAAUGGGUGUGGCAGCCAGUAAGUUUAAGCAGAUGUGGUAUGUGGGAGAUGUGUUUGAUGUAGCAAUAAUAGGUUCACGAGGAGGGUUCAAAGGAUCCGACAAAAAUGUAAAUUCUGUGAGGGGUGCGGUAAAAGAGAUGUGGAAUGUUAGAUGGUAAAAUACUGGCUGGAGAUGUGGAAUGUUAGAUGGUAAAAUACUGGCUGGAGGUGUGGAAUGUUAGAUGGUAAAAUACUGGCUGGAGAUGUGGAAUGUUAGAUGGUAAAAUACUGGCUGGAGAUGUGGAAUGUUAGAUGGUAAAAUACUGGCUGGAGAUGUGGAAUGUUAGAUGGUAAAAUACUGGCUGGAGAUGUGGAAUGUUAGAUGGUAAAAUACUGGCUGGAGAUGUGGAAUGUUAGAUGGUAAAAUACUGGCUGGAGAUGUGGAAAGGAUAUGUUUGGUUAGAGUAAGUACAUUGAAAUAAUGUAACUCAAAGACAUAUAAGUACCUACGAGACAACAUACCAUAUUGUGGAGAGUUGGGACCACGACGGGCGCCGGGGGCGUCUGACCAGGGAUUACGGCCGUCUGACACGAUCGACGGAUCAAGCCAUCUGACCAGGGAAUUUACCUGGGACGUCUGGUCUGUUUGUAACCUGGCGCCAAUUGAGAAAAAGGGGCGGGGUAUAAUGCGCCAGUCCAGACCUGGGAGAGGAACUAUGGGACAGGGAGGUAUAAAUAGGGAUCUCUGGACGGGACGAGGAGGAAUGCGGCCGGACUGAGAACUAGAUAGCAGGGAGAAGUCAGAGUUGUGAGAUGAGUGAAAGUGUAAGCAAAGUGACAGCCCAAUAAAGAACACGAGUUUAAUCAUCAAUUGUUAUCGCCGGAGUUGUUUCCUUAUUGAGAACCAGAUCUAGAUGAAGUUUAUCAGAGAGUAAGCAAGGUUUCCUUACAAUAUACUAAUAAAUGGUUUUGUAACAUGUAAAUCUGUUCUUUUAGAUAGAAAUGAUGAAAGGAGAAGAGCUAAGGUCGUAAUUUAUUUACUAUGGGAGAAAUGUAAGUGCUUUCCAACUUACCUGGAGAAAACUGUCUAACCCAAAAAACGACCUUACAUUUCUGUAACAGUUUUAAAAAUAAUAAUAGUAUUAACAACUGAAGCCAUUCACUGAUUACAAUGAGUGAAACCUAUGCAUUAUCGCUAAGCUAAUAAACUUGUUGAUCCAUAUAUUUAAAGCUUAUCACGUUAAAGGCUUACACUAUUGAAUUGUAAAAUAUCGCACUAGUCGUUCCUCGUUUUAUAAGCGGAAAUCUUCAUGUUGUUCACACAUAUCGGCAUUUUAAUUUUUUUUAUCUUGCGACUUCACAAGUUUAAAGAAUUUUUAACACUGUACGAAACUACCUUCUAAUCAAAUAAAGGUCAAUACUUUUAAUAUAAUUCCUUCUAAGUAUCAAACAUGUGCAACCUAUUUUAAAAUGAUAUUUCAAUACAAAAAACCUGAGUUUUAAAGUUGGGAUGGGUGUUAAUAUUUACUUAGUUUACAUGUUUUAAUAAUUGUAAAGCGCUUAGAGCUUUAUGAUAAGCGCUAUAUAAAAAUGCCUAAAUAAAUAAAUAAAUAAAUAAUAAUAAAUUGUAUGAUGGCUUCAAGCUUAAAAAAUAAUAGUUUUUAGCAUAAUUUUAAUUGUAAACGAUUCCAUGGAUGUUGAGCUAAAUAAAAAGAAAACUUUAUAUUUAAUAAAAAUGUAUCGGGGCGCAGACAAAACGUGCAGGUUUGAUCAACUAUGAUUCAAAUCCAAAGCGUUUGUACCAAAGUUUCCUAAAUAACUGAUUUUAAAAUUUUAAUAAAUUAGCCUAUAUCUAUUAAAUGCCCAACUGCUUUAGUCUUGUUAAAACCAGAAGGAUAACUCAAUUUUCCAAACUAUUAAAUGCCCAACUGCUUUAGUCUUGUUAAAACAAGAAGGAUAACUCAACUUUCCAAACUAUUAAAUGCCCAACUGCUUUAGUCUUGUUAAAACAAGAAGGAUAACUCAACUUUCCAAACUAUUAAAUGCCCAACUGCUUUAGUCUUGUUAAAACAAGAAGGAUAACUCAACUUUCCAAACUAUUAAAUGCCCAACUGCUUUAGUCUUGUUAAAACAAGAAGGAUAACUCAACUUUCCAAACUAUUAAAUGCCCAACUGCUUUAGUCUUGUUAAAACAAGAAGGAUAACUCAACUUUCCAAACUAUUAAAUGCCCAACUGCUUUAGUCUUGUUAAAACCAGAAGGAUAACUCAACUUUCCAAACUAUUAAAUGCCCAACUGCUUUAGUCUUGUUAAAAUCAGAAGGAUAACUCAACUUUCCAAACUAUUAAAUGCCCAACUGCUUUAGUCUUGUUAAAACCAGAAGGAUAACUCAACUUUCCAAACUAUUAAAUGCCCAACUGCUUUAGUCUUGUUAAAACCAGAAGGAUAACUCAACUUUCCAAACUAUUAAAUGCCCAACUGCUUUAGUCUUGUUAAAAUCAGAAGGAUAACUCAACUUUCCAAACUAUUAAAUGCCCAACUGCUUUAGUCUUGUUAAAAUCAGAAGGAUAACUCAAUUUUCCAAACUAUUAAAUGCCCAACUGCUUUAGUCUUGUUAAAACCAGAAGGAUAACUCAACUUUCCAAACUAUUAAAUGCCCAACUGCUUUAGUCUUGUUAAAACCAGGAAGGAUAACUCAACUUUCCAAACUAUUAAAUGCCCAACUGCUUUAGUCUUGUUAAAACCAGGAAGGAUAACUCAACUUUCCAAACUAUUUCCACGGAUCUUUUUAAUUUCUUUUAUUUCUAAUUGAGAAUAUGGUAGAAACUUGAAAAAAAAAAUAAUUUUAAUUAUCGUGUAUAUUCCCUUUGCAUUUAUUUAUUUUAAAAAAUAAUUUUUGUAACAGAUUUAGAAAAAAAUCUUGGCUCUAAAUCAUAAAUUGACAAUAAAUUCUGUGGAUUUGUUUUUACUUGUUUAAUUUACCCAAAACAAUUUAUAGUAGUUGGAAAUUCCAUAAAUUUCAAUCAACUGACUAUUGGGAAAUUUUAACCGUUACUCUAUUUUAAAACAUUUUUCUUCAGAUAAAAUCACAAAUUAAUAAAUAUAUAAUGUCUUUUGUAAACAACUAAUGUCUUCCUGACAAAAUAUGCCAUAUAUUAUUGCACCUCUUGAUUUGUGAAUAAUCAAAAUUAUUUUGUGGAAAGACCUCUCCAGACCCCUCUUUCGCUCAAGAUUUCUGACCUAUUUUCAAAUGAAAAGUGUGGCCGAUUUGCGUGCCUCAUUGAUACACUGACUAGUGGCAUGGCUAGAAUUAGUUUCACAAUGGGCGGCCACAGACUUGUGUCGUUCUCCCUGUCACGAUACAACCUCUGAAGUUGUCCGACUAUGCCUCACUUACGUAUAAAGAAAAAGUAACACAUGGGUGGACAAUUCCAAUCUGCCCCAUUUUUAAGCCCCUGGCAGGAGCGUAGCUUGAGUCUUAAGCGGCGGGGAAAAAAUAUUAAUUUAUACUUACCUCCCCUCAACUCUGAAAUCCAUUAUUUUAAACCAUUAAAUACCAUCAAAGCCCAUUUUUGCGCCCCCACUAGUCUGAUGCCCACGAGACGUCUGUCCGUUUACCAAACCCUUAGUCACGCCUCUGGCCACCCGCAUCGCCCCCAAAAAUCCCCCCCCCACCCCCGCUCGAUAAACUUAGAAGGAAUACUGGUGUGUGUAGGAGCUACAAAUGAUGUGAAAUAAUCUGGGAUCCGCUAUCAUUAUAGAAAAUAUAAACAUUCAUUUUCUAAAGAAGUUCUUGAAUAAAUUUGUAAUAUAAUAUUUUUCUCUGCAGUUUCUUCUCUACAGAAACAACGAUCUCAAGGAGAAGCCAAUUCAUGGAUGACUCUAGUUCAGAUGUUUAUCCUAGAGACAAUGAAACCGGAAAUAGUGACGAAGAAAAUCCAAGACCACAAAGAUCAAGACCUAAUGGCAGGCCUAGAACUCCCACACAACAAGACAAUAAUCUAACCAACAAUUUAUCAUUUAAUUUGAUCAAUCCAUCUCAGACUGACAGUGAUUGCGAGACUGAUUUAUACAAUCAAGAAGAGAGUUUUCAAAGAGCAAGAUUAUUGAGAAAGAACUGUUUUUAUUUGAAGUCAAAAGAGACAUCCAUUGCAAAUAGCAAUUCAUAUCCCUCGAGGCCAAGAAGUACUGCCUUGAAAAAUCGCAUUAGUGUUGGUACAGAAGGUGGCGCAAAUGUGACAGAAGGUGGUGAGAGUGGGGCAGAAGGAUGUGAGGGUGGGGCAGAAGGUGGUACUGGUGCUCAAGUGUAUGAAGAAAUGACUUAUUCUGACAGCAGCGAAAACGAAUAUGAUGGUAUUCUUGGUAAUCCUUAUCCGACUGCUAGAAAUUUAAUUUUCCGACCAUGUGAGUCAGUUUCAGGAAUCGGAGUUGACCCACGCGUUGCCAGACAAGGUCAUUACCUCAGUGACAGUUCCCUCGAUGUGGGUCAUAGCGACUACUCAGAGAUCGAUGAGGCAAGUCAAACUAUUCCGGAAGAAGAAUUAUAUGAGAUCUGCCACUAGGUAGUUCAAAUUUAUUCCCCUACCCCAACUCGAAAAUGUAUUGUUAGUACAUUUUGUAUGUGUUUAGGCUACUGUUGUAACAAAUUUUCUAAUUCACAGUUAAGAUUUGCACAAGGUGUUAUCCAAGUCAAGUAAACUUUUUGGAAAGAUUAUCCAAGAAUCAGAAUAUUAUAUUUUCAAUAUCUUUUGGAAAGAAGUAUUGGCCACAUCUGUCCAUGUCUAUAAUAUAUUGACCACAGCUAUCUAUGUCUAUAAUAUAUUGACAUCUGUUCAUGUCUAUAAUAUAUUGACCACAGCUGUUCAUGUCUAUAAUAUAUUAACCACAGCUGUCAAUGUCUAUAAUAUAUUCAUCAUAGCUAUCUAUGUCUAUAAUAUAUUUACCACAGCUGUUAAUGUCUAUAGUAUAUUGAACACAGCUGUCCAUGUCUAUGAUAUAUUGACCAUAGAUGUCAUAUCUAUGAUAUAUUGAUCACAGCUGUCCAUAUAUAAUAUAUAACCACAGAUCUGCAUAUCUAAGUUAUAUUGAUUUUGUUGUUUCCUGUCUUUUAAAAUGAACUAAUUUUCAUAUUUUCAUUAACUUAGUUAUGUUGAUGGUUUUACAGUCCAAUGAUAAUGUUUCAAUAAUUGUAAGAUUGUGAAGAAAAGGACUCACCCACCGCUAACAAAGGUAAUCACACUUUAGAUGUGUACAUGUAGUUCACAAUUUAAUAGCCGUUUGCAAGAAGUACAUGUCAUGUACAUAUGUGAUAAAGGCGUCUGGUUUACUUCAUCUUUGCUCGUGCAUUGAACUUUAGCUGACCCCAAGUUCGGCACGCGACAUCGUGGGGCUUAAUUAUAAAUAGUCUCCCUUGCCCUUGUCUGCAAGUAAAAACAAUCUAUAGUCUUUCGAAUGAGACAUCUUUAGAAUGUCCUAAAUUGGUCAAGGUACUUAUUCAAUGCAGAACCAAUUUCUAGAAAUCUCUCUGAAACAGACUAUUUAUACGCGUUUCGACUGAACGGAGGAGGGAUUCAGCGGGUAAAGAUUUGCUAUAACGAUACGACGCGAAAAUUUGUUUUUUUAAUAUUGACCGUGUGUGUACGUUCAUUUUUCAACAUUUCUUUUUCAUUUUGUAAUUUUCUAUUAACUUAAUAAAAUGAUUAAUUGUAAUUAGCGG